AAAAAGGGCAAGUUAGUGUGUGUGUCCCUCUUUGACUCUUUUUCAAAACCAAACACAAAAAACACCAAAAGUGUUUGGUUUAAUCAUGCACCAAAAUACAACCAAGUUAGAGUAUUCUACACUUCAUAUCACACAUAUCUUCAACCAAACAAAACAAAACACUCUCUUAAUCAAUACUUCAUCUAUUUAUAAGCCCUAGAUAGUAAUUCCAGUUCAUAUAGCUUUUGAUUAAUUUCUUUGUCUUAUAUAUAAAUAUUGCUUUUGUGAUCUUUGUAUCAAUGGAACAGGAUCAAUGUUGGAUUCAAACAAAGAGAAAAUACUCAAUGAGUUCUAAUACAAAUAUUGUUACUAUUCCUUCUUCUUCUACUUCUUGUUAUGGUGAUUCAUGGGAAGAACAAGCUUUUGCUGAAGAUGCAGCUGCAGGUUCACUUGGUGGAUGUAUAUGGCCUCCAAGAUCAUAUUCUUGUAGCUUUUGUAGAAGAGAGUUUAGGUCAGCACAAGCAUUAGGUGGACAUAUGAAUGUUCAUAGAAAAGAUAGAGCAAGACUAAAGCAACAAGCACCAAAUGAUCAAAUUCUAUUUCAUCAUCAUCAUCACGAGGUUGAAAUCGAAAAUCAUCGUCUUCUUCAUCAAAAGCCGAUUAUUCAAAGUGAUCAUAACUAUUUGGCUUAUAAUAGUAACCUCUUCCCUAAUCCACCUCUUUGUGGUUUGGUUUAUGAGAAAACUAGCCCUAAUUCUCGUCUCGAUCUCUCCUCAGGCUCUAAGGAUUUAUUCAGAGAUGAAACCCUAAUUUCGUCCUCGGAAUCAUGGUUGAACUUACCUCGAGACGAUAGGUUAUGUUCGCCGAAGUUUCAACGAGAAGUUGAUAAUGAUAAUAUUCUUGAUGAAAAAGUCUCCAAGGGAAUAUUGGAUUCUAGGUUAAGAGGUAAAAGGGAAAAUGAUGAUGAAAGUGAUUUAUCAAUGAGCUUGAAUUUGGUUUUGUGUAGAGCUCAUCCACUUGAAGAAGAUGUGAUGAAUUGCAAGAAGAGGAUGAAAAUAGAUUCUUCAUCAAAUCAAUUAUUCUCAAACUCAAAAAGCACUUUUGAUCAUAAUCAACAAAAUAUCCAAGCAAAGAUGUUCGAGUUUAGCCCUAAUUCAAUUGAAGAGCUAGAUCUGGAGUUAAGGCUUGGUACAAGAUCCAAGAUUCAGAUAUCUGCAAAGUUGUUUGUCAUGAUAACAUUUACAGUAACUAUAUAGACAAAAGUUGAAUUAUUUUGAUUGACUGAAAAUUCAUCAUCAUGACAUUAUAAUUUAUGUUUCCGUCGAUAUUUAAUAAGAUCGUAUAUUAAAAUUUUCAACGCGUCGAUAAUUAUUUUUCUAAGAUAUAUAUUAGUUGUUAAUUUGUUAAGAAGAUCGGAAAAUAUUACUAUCAGAGAUCGAACUCUGAACCUCUGACAUAAUAUACUUCUUCAACGUCUCAAUCGAAACAAAAACUAAUCCUUUCGAGAACAAUACAUCAAUAAUUUUCCGACUAAUAAGUUUUUAUUAAUAUAAAAAUACAACUAUAUAUGCUUGUAUUUAUCUAGUAAUUUAUUUUAUUUUCUUGCAUUUCUUCGAAAAUAAAUAGGGUUAACUCAAGUGGUAAAUAUUCGAAUUCAUUAUGAUCUUUAUCUUCUAUAUCCAUAGAGAAAUAUCAUUAACUAUUGUGUCAUAACCAGAAAUUUUCACAGAAGAGUUAUUCUAUUUCCAUUAUGAAUGAAGAAACUGAAAGCUAGAGUUCUAAAUUUGGAGCAAAACUAAUCCUUUGUAGUGUAGCUCAUUAUUCUCCAUGUGGACAACAGUACUUGUUCAUGUUGACAUCAUCUUCUGAUAUAUAUACAUCAAAGCAACGUGGAAAUUAAUCACUGUGCAGAAUUUAGAGAGAGAGAGAAUGAAUGUACCUUAGGGUAAAAAUUUUUAUAAAGUAUAUUGAGAAUUAUUUGAAUUCCAUGCGGGAUUGCUUAGGCAUUCACGCAGUCAGAACAUCAGUAAUAUUAGGUUUAAUUUUUUAUUUUACACUUAUAAAAUACCGAUCUGGAAUCUGAAUCAUCUGAUCUUAAGUGAACAAAUUCGACUGUAUGAAUACACUAAUAAAAUACCGAUCUAGAAUCUGAAUCAUCUGAUCUUGAUUGAAUGAGAGAACGCGGCUGUGAAUACGAGAAAAUAUCUGCAUGGGAUAAUGUGAUGAGAUGAUGUUGCUUGCAAGCUAGCUCAUUUCCCUAUCCAGCACUUUAGAUUACUGACAUUCCAUGAGACAGAAAACCAAACUAACUUAUAAAAAAAAUCACUUAUUGAGCUUUUCACAGCCGCAUAAAGUCAGAUACAUCCCAACAUUGAUUCCCUUUACAUUUGUAAUUAUUCUCAUACAAAUCCAUUUGCUUAACUUCACUCUUUCACCUUUUUUUCCGCUACCUUUUCUCAUACAUGAAUCCAAAACUUUGCCACCUACUAUGGAAUCAAAAACCCUUUUAAAAAAAUUGAAAAGAUAAUAUGCUUUUUGCAUUAUAAUAAUCUCUCUCUGAGAAUAUCAAUUAUUCCAACAAAUACUCACAGGCGCUGAUUACGCAAAUGCUUGUUUUUUCUUGUGUUUUAUGUGAGGAUUAUGGAAAAUGAUAAAUUAAUUAACUCAUUGUUUUGGUUUGUUCUUCUUGUGUAUAUCUAUACGCAACGAAUCAAGUGUUGUUUAGUUUAACAUAAUAGGUAUAGAAUAUAACCAAAAUAGGACAAAUUAAGUAAUCAAAUUUUUAUAGGAAGUGUUUACGUUUUAGUCUUCCAUGACACAUUGAUUAGGACGGUUUUAAAUAAUGUUUUAAAAAUCGGACUAAAUUGACCUGGUGAAUCAGAAACUGAUCGGCUCGUUGAUCGGUCUGACCUCGAUUGUUCUAUAAUUUGGUUGAAAUUAAAUUGUAUUGAAGUUAAAUAUGAGUUAAAUUGUUGAACCUCUACCGGUUUUUAAUUUUUUUUUUUCAUUUCUAUGUAUUUGUUUGUCAAUCAUGACUUAGGUGUUAAGCCGCUUGAUUUCCGGUCUUUUUUAACACAAUAAUUUCAUUUAUGAUUUUAAAUUGCAGUCUAUAAACGCAAUUUUAAAUCUCAAAUCUUAAUAUAUUUCAGAUAUAUUCUCUCUAAUUUUUAUAAUAAAAAAAAGUAUUUUUUAAAUUUAUUGAAUAAACAAUCUAUUUAAAUUAUAUUUUGUUCAACUACAUUUUUAUUCAAUAAAUUUUAAAAAAAAAAAAUUCUCUUAUAAUUACGACACAAGUGAGUAAUUUAAAAUCAAUUUUAAAAGUUUCUAAAAUAUAUAUAUUAAUAUCCACGCAACAACCGCCCUCAAUGUACGCCACAACAAUUACAAUCAUUACAAUUGUAAUACCUGCAAUUACAACCGCAUCCGUGACGGCAAUAUCUUGGUUAUGAAAUAUAAUGAAUCAAGGGUGGUUGAAUGGACUUUUCAAAUAGAAUUGUCUAUGAUAAAACUAGACCUAGAUAAAGAAAACAAUAUUACUCACUUAAUGACAAAUAAUUAAUUACAAAGAAUGUUGAAAAGUGACCACUCCAACUCCCCUAUCAACCCUAAUAUUCAACCUUAUAGCCUGUCAAAUUCAAUGCAUAAAUUGUUUCAAAACACAAGGAGAGCAUUCUGGCUACUUCUUUAUGAUCUUUAGCUUUAAUAGUAAUUUGAUUGAAACUACCUUUGACUUAAAUGAAGUUUAGUGUACCUAGCAUGGUCAUUCAAACGUAGCUAUCACAUUCACAUGCACAUAUAUAUUCACAAAUAUUGAAAAAUUUAAGACAUACCAACAUUGAAAUUCCAUUGUAGGCUAAAAUAUAUGAGGAUAUUAUAUUUAAUCAUGAAAUGGGGUAGGGGGGUUAGGAAAUCAUUUUUUUUAUUUGUGUAUUUGCUUUUUUUUCUUCUGAAUUUUGCAUUGCAUGUGAAUAGAAAUAAAUGAUGAU